AUGUUUAUUGAGCAUAAAAAAGCAAGUUGUUGUUUCUUGAAAUCACCGUUUACUUCAAAUUUAGAAAAUAACAAAUAUCCUUCAUUGUUACCAUCAUUAACAUCAUCAUCAACAUCGUCGUUUUCUUCUACACCUCCAUUGAUGACAUUAUCAUGUUCAAAUGUUAUGGACAAUAUUAGUAAUAAUAAUAAUGAUAAUAAUAAUAAUACUUUAUUAGAAUCACAAAAUAGUAAUACUAUCUUUUUAAAAUGUGUUCAAUGCUCUCGUAAAUUCACAACUCCAUGGACAUUUUUAAUGCAUGUUCAAGUUGAACACCAAUUAAUAUUUAUUGAUACAAUUGGAAAAUUUUCUAAAACAUAUGAACAACAAUUAAAAAGUACAUUAUCAUCAAAUGUUGAAGAAUUAUUGAAUGAAACUAAUGUUGAUGUUGAUGAUAAUGAUGAGGAUGACGAUGAUGAUGAUGAUGAUGAUGAUCAGUGUGAAAAUGGUGUACUGCAUACAAUUGAUAAAUUACUCUCAGAAAAAGUGAACAAUUCCGAUUCUGAUACAACAAUUACUUCUACUAUUACGAAUGAUGAUAAUAAAUAUAUUAGUCCUAAUAAUAAUAAUAAUACAAAUAGUACUACUGAUACACCUACUAUUACAAGUAACACUGCUCAUACCGAUAACAGCAGUAGUAUUAGUAUUAAUAGUAACAGUCAUAAUGCAUCAACACAAACUUAUCUAACUGGAAUUAAACAACACAGUAUACCUCAUAGAAAACGUAAAUAUGUUAGUUGUUGCAUAGGUGAAUCAACAGUGACUUGUAAUAGACUUAACAAUAUAAAAACUUGUUCAAACGUAAAAAGUUGUAAUCUUACACUUUCAUCGUGUUGUAAUAAUUUAUCGACAGGAAUAUGUCCAUAUAAUUUUAAUAGCAAUAAUAAUAAUAAUGAUAACAGUAAUAAUAGUAAUAAUAACAUUAAUGAUAAUAGUAGUAAUGGUAGUUCUAUGAAUUCUGAUAUAUAUGUCAGUGAUUAUUGUUGUACUACUGGAUCAAUUAUUUGUAAACCGACAACAUGUUCAAAUUUAUUAAAUACUAAUGAAAUAGUUACACAAGAUACAUCAAGAUGUACUGCAUCUACGGCAAUUGUUAGUUGUUGUAUGCGUAAACUUGUCUGUUGUACAUCAACACCGGUAACAUUACCAAUAUGUUGUGAUCGAUCAAUGCAAAAUGAAAUUAAUAAUAAUAAUAAUUUUAUUAUUCAAGAAACAAAAACUACCAAUACUGCUCGAAUUACAUGUUGUCCUUGUUCACCGAAAAGAUCAAUAAUCAGUCAGUCAUCUGAAGUACAAACUGAUUUCGAUCCAGAAUUCAGUUAUUCUGAUUAUGCUGAUUUAGCAAUGUUAUUAAAUGCAGCUACACCGACAACAAUUACAAGUCCAUUAAAUUCAAUAUUAUCACCACAAUUACCAUUAUUAUCAGAUAUGAUCAUACAACAAUCAUCAUCACCUCCAACAUCACCACAACAACAAAAUAAUGAUAAUGAUGAAUAUUAUCAAAAUAUUGAAUUAAAUUUAAAAAAUGACAUAAUUAAUAAACCUUAUAUUAAUGUUGUAAAUAGUAGUAAUUCUAAAAUAAAUGAUAAUUAUUUAUCACAAAUUGAUCAUAUCAAUAAUACAAAUACAGAUAUCAAUAAUGAUACUUCAAUUAUAUUGAAUAAUUCCUCAUCAUCAUCAUCGUCAACAAUAACGACAACAAAUGUUGACAUAGAUGUGACAAUGAAAUCAAUGCCUGUUUCAUCUGGAAAUGCUGUAAUUACAUCGAAUGUUAAUAAUAAUGAUAACAUGAUCACAUCCACUGCCAAUGUUAUCUUUCAAAUGCCAACAAUAAUGCAUACAAAUUUGAUUGCUUGUCCUAAUAUUGAUAAUAAAAGUAAUAAUAACAAUAAUGUCAAUAAGUAUUACUGUGAUUCAAUUCCACCAAGACGUUAUAUCUGUCGUGAUUGUGGUACAUCAUUUCGUCAAAAUGUUCACUUACGUAAACAUAUCAUGAUACAACAUACUAAAGUGAAACCAUUCAGUUGCCCUUAUUGUCAAUAUACAACUGUUGAAAAAAGUCAUCUUACUGUACAUAUACGUACUCAUACAGGUGAAAGACCAUUUAGUUGUCGUGAAUGUAAUUAUUCAUCCGCUCAAAAUUGUACAUUAAAAUCACAUUAUUUACGUAAACAUCCAACUAAUUUAAUUAAAUGUAAUUAUUGUUCUGAAUUAUUUUUUACUGAAUUAGAAUUAACUAAACAUCUACGUGGAUGUAGUUUAUCUUUUCGUCAACAGUAA